UUUUUCAUAUGCCUUUUUAAAAUCAUAAAAUUCUACUAUUAAAAUUUAAGCACUAUACAUUGUUUUGUUUUCUACUAAAAGUACCAAAGCAUUAGUUAAGGUGUAAGUUUAGCAUUUAAAGUAUUUUCUGAGUGGCUAGUAAUAAGUUAAUUAUUGUUAAUAAUAUUCCUUCAUCAGCUUUUUUGCCAUGUGGGCAAAGAUCAUGGAUUUUACCCUCAAAUCCUGUAUGCAGAAAAGUUUUCCUCCUCAAGUGCCUCAUCCGUUGGAUGCUUCGUGUUUUGUCAUCUCAUAAAUGAUAUCAGCAUCGUGUCUGUCUGUCUUCAAAAAUGGAAAACACUACAGCGAAACAUGUAACCGUCAACAAUCCAGCUGACAUCAGUGUAAUCAUUGGUUACUUUUUGGUGGUUAUUGCAGUAGGAAUUUGGUCUACAUUCAGGACUAAUCGUAGCACAGUAGGCGGAUACUUUCUUGCAGGUCGGACCAUGGUAUGGUGGCCUGUGGGAACUUCUCUUUUUGCGAGCAACAUUGGCAGUGGUCAUUUUGUUGGUCUUGCAGGAACAGCAGCUGCAAGUGGAAUAGCUGUCGGGGGUUUCGAAUGGAAUGCAUUAUUUAUUGUUUUGUUGCUGGGCUGGGUGUUCGUCCCUGUUUAUUUAACUGCAGGGGUGAUUACAAUGCCUCAGUACCUCAAGAAAAGAUUUGGAGGGACUAGAAUUAGCUUGUAUCUCUCUGUCAUUUCACUUUUCCUUUACAUCUUCACAAAGAUUUCCGUUGACAUGUUCUCAGGAGCAGUUUUUAUACAGCAGGCUCUUGGAUGGAAUAUCUAUGUUGCAGUGAUUGCCCUGCUCUGCAUAACAGCACUCUAUACUGUCACAGGAGGACUGGCUGCAUUGAUGUAUACAGAUACUGUCCAAACCUUUGUUAUCAUUGCUGGAGCCUUCGUCCUCAUGGGAUUCUCCUUCCAUGAAGUUGGAGGAUACAGUGCUUUACUGGAUAAAUAUAGUUUAUCUUUGCCAUCUCAGAGGAGUGUUAACAUCUCUGAACAAUGUUACACUCCACGCGAGGAUGCCUUUCAUUUACUUAGAGAUCCCAUGACUGGGGACCUGCCAUGGCCUGGCGUGUUAUUUGGCAUUGCAAUUAUUGGUAGCUGGUACUGGUGUACUGAUCAGGUAAUUGUGCAGCGCUGUUUGGCUGCCCGUAGUCUGACACACGUAAAGGCCGGAUGUAUAUUGUGUGGGUACCUCAAACUACUCCCUAUGUUUCUCAUGGUGUUUCCAGGCAUGAUCAGCAGAGUGCUUUACCCUGAUGAAGUGGGUUGUGUGGAGCCAAGCAUCUGUACGAAAGUUUGCGGCACAGCAGUUGGCUGCUCCAACAUUGCCUACCCCAAACUAGUGGUUUCUGUAAUGCCAACAGGUCUCAGAGGUUUAAUGCUGGCAGUCAUGUUGGCAGCUCUCAUGAGCUCACUAGCCUCAAUCUUCAACAGCAGUAGCACCUUGUUUACCAUGGACAUUUGGACUCGUAUUCGGCCUCAAGCUAGAGAUAAAGAGCUCAUGAUUGUAGGAAGGGUGUGGAUACUCUGCAUUGUCGCCAUUAGCAUUUGUUGGAUCCCAGUUGUCCAGGCAGCCCAGAGUGGUCAGCUGUUUGAUUAUAUUCAAUCUGUGACUAGUUACUUAGCUCCACCUAUUGCAGCAGUCUUCUUCCUUGCCAUUUUUGUGAAGAGGGUCAAUGAGUCUGGGGCCUUCUGGGGCCUGAUGGGAGGACUGGUUAUGGGUCUGUGUCGUAUGGUACCCGAGUUUGCAUAUGGCUCAGGGAGCUGCCUUAUUCCCUCCAACUGCCCAAAACUUAUAUGUGGAGUUCAUUACCUUUACUUUGCAGUGCUGCUCUUCUUCUGCACUACUAUCCUGGUGCUUUUUGUAAGCUACAACACUCCACCCAUAGAGGACAAACAUCUCCAUCGACUUGUCUUUACUUUACGCCAUUCUAAAGAAGAAAGGGUCGAUCUGGACUGGGAAGACGAGGAACGAGGAAGAAAAGCUCGUAGAGCGGCAGAUGAAAAGAAAAAGGUCUUAACUGAAGAGGAUCAAAUUGAACGUGGUGACCGAUCCAUAAUGAUGAAGAUUAUUGGCUGGUUUUGUGGCAUAAGUGAUACUCAGGCUCCAGAGCCCACGGAGGAGGAAGUGACUGAAGCAUCAAAACAAUUACCUGACAUAAGUGAAGUCCCACUGUGGAAGUAUUUGGUCAAUGCUAAUGCUCUAAUAAUGAUGUCUGUGGCUGUUUAUUUUUGGGGUUACUAUGCAUGAGGGCAAAACAAUGAUCAUAGCAUAUAAAUCAGUGUUUCCUAACCCUGGUCCCGGUAUCAGGAUUCUUCCUAAUUAAACACAUCUGUUUCGACUCAUCAGUCUGGAACCCUCUGAAAUGAAUGCGUCAGAUAAGAGAGACAUCCAGAGUACGUACUGUUGGGAGUAUUACAGGGUUGGGAAACACAGUUUUAAAUUCUUUGAAUUCUUCACAAAAGUCUACAGAAUCUGUUAAUCAAUGACUAACUGAUACCAUCUGUGAAAAAGUCAUUUAAAUGAAUGAAAUGGCAAUUAAAUCAUUUUAAAAGUUUAAUUAAAAGAAUAAUCAUUUGAAUUGCUAUGUUAGAUUUCACUUUUAAGAUGUUGUUGACACUGUCCAACAGACAAGAUACCUCAUGUUUAAUGGAAUAGUUUGCCCAAAAAGGAAUAUUUGGUAAAAAAUGUACUCACUCUCAGGCCUUCCAGUGCAUUGAAAUAGAUUUGGAGAAUUUCAGUAUUACGUCAUUUGCUAUCACUGGAUGCUCUUGCAGUGAAAGGGUGCUGUAAGAAUGAAAGUCCAAACAGCUGAUAAAAACAUCACAAUAGUACACAAACAAUCCACACAAAUAUAGUCAUUGAAAAGCUAUGUUUGUGUAAGAAACAAAUCUUGAUGGAUUUUUACAAACAUGCAGCUUUUACUUCAAGAUGUUAAUUGACGGACUGGAGUCUUGUAGAUUGUGAUGUUUUUAUCAGAUGUUUGGACUCUCAUUCUAACAGCAUCCAUUGGAGAGCCAAGUGAUGUAAUGUUAAAUGUCUUUCAAUCUUUUCCAACAAAGAAAACUCAUCUACAUGAUGGAUGGCCUGAGAGUGAGUAAAUUUUAUAGUAAAUAAAAAAAAUUAUAUAAAUAAUUUCAGUGUCACUGAAAUAAAAGCUUCUGUUAAAAGCUCUGAUCUCCCACCCACCCAAUUAUUCAAAUUAACUAUAAUGUUGUUGUUUUUUAAAUAAAUUACUGUAUACAUAUUAAAGGUGCACUAUGGAAGAUUUCCAAUAACUCCUAGCACAACAAUCAAUUUCCACAAUUAACUUGCAGUUUAAAAUUUUAACCACAGAUGGUGAUAGAGGACAGAGUUCCACAGUGCACCUUGUGUUUAUACUUUGUAUACACUGACGUAUGACACACGCAUUGCAAAAAACUAAAUGUAACAAGAUAACUUAUAAAAAUAAAUUGAAUUACAAAUA